AUGCAAGCUAUUGCCGAUAGUUUUAGCGUACCAAAUAGACUAGUAAAAGAACUUCAAUAUGAUGACGAACAAAACUUAGAGAACGAUUUCGUAACAGGGGCAUCUCAGUUCCAACGCUUGGCACCAUCGCUUACGGUUCCACCAAUUGCGUCUCCACAACAGUUUUUGAGAGCACAUACGGAUGAUUCACGAAACCCAGAUUGUAAAAUUAAGAUCGCCCAUGGUACUACCACCUUAGCAUUUAGAUUCGAGGGCGGUAUUAUUGUAGCAGUAGAUUCUCGUGCUACUGCUGGCAAUUGGGUUGCUUCUCAAACCGUUAAAAAGGUUAUUGAGAUUAACCCAUUUUUAUUGGGUACAAUGGCAGGUGGUGCGGCAGAUUGUCAAUUUUGGGAAACUUGGUUAGGUUCUCAGUGCAGGCUGCACGAGUUAAGAGAAAAGGAACGUAUAUCUGUUGCUGCCGCAUCCAAAAUUUUAAGUAAUUUGGUAUACCAAUAUAAGGGGGGCGGUUUAUCAAUGGGUACUAUGAUCUGUGGUUAUACUAGAAAGGAAGGCCCAACCAUUUAUUACGUCGAUUCAGACGGCACAAGAUUGAAAGGUGACAUAUUCUGCGUUGGUUCAGGUCAAACAUUUGCAUAUGGUGUUUUAGAUUCUAACUAUAAAUGGGAUUUAUCUGUUGAAGAUGCUUUAUAUCUAGGUAAGAGAUCUAUUUUAGCUGCUGCUCACAGAGAUGCUUACUCUGGUGGUUCCGUAAAUUUAUAUCAUGUUACCGAAGAUGGUUGGGUAUAUCACGGCAAUCAUGAUGUUGGUGAACUAUUCUGGGAAGUCAAGGAAAAGGAAGGAUCUUUCAACAACGUUAUUGGCUAA